GGCCGGGCCGGCCGGGGGAUGUCGAUGCCUGACGCGAUGCCGCUGCCCGGGGUCGGGGAGGAGCUGAAGCAGGCCAAGGAGAUUGAGGACGCCGAGAAGUACUCCUUCAUGGCCACCGUCACCAAGGCUCCCAAGAAGCAAAUUCAAUUUGCUGAUGACAUGCAAGAAUUCACCAAAUUCCCCACCAAGACUGGUCGAAGAUCUUUGUCUCGUUCCAUCUCUCAGUCCUCCACUGAUAGCUACAGUUCAGCUGCAUCCUACACAGAUAGCUCUGAUGAUGAGGUUUCCCCCCGAGAAAAGCAGCAAACCAACUCCAAGGGCAGCAGCAAUUUCUGUGUGAAGAACAUCAAGCAGGCAGAAUUUGGACGCCGGGAGAUUGAGAUUGCAGAGCAAGACAUGUCUGCUCUGAUUUCACUCAGGAAACGUGCUCAGGGGGAGAAACCCUUGGCUGGUGCUAAAAUAGUGGGCUGUACACACAUCACAGCCCAGACAGCGGUAUUGAUUGAGACUCUGUGUGCCCUGGGGGCUCAGUGCCGCUGGUCGGCUUGCAACAUCUACUCCACCCAAAAUGAAGUGGCUGCAGCUCUGGCUGAGGCUGGAGUUGCAGUGUUUGCUUGGAAAGGCGAGUCAGAAGAUGACUUCUGGUGGUGUAUUGACCGUUGUGUGAACAUGGAUGGGUGGCAAGCCAACAUGAUCCUGGAUGAUGGGGGAGACUUAACCCACUGGGUUUAUAAGAAGUACCCAAACGUGUUUAAGAAGAUCCGAGGCAUUGUGGAAGAGAGCGUGACUGGUGUUCACAGGCUGUAUCAGCUCUCCAAAGCUGGGAAGCUCUGUGUUCCAGCCAUGAAUGUCAAUGAUUCUGUUACCAAACAGAAGUUUGAUAACUUGUACUGCUGUCGAGAAUCCAUCUUGGAUGGCUUGAAGAGGACCACAGAUGUGAUGUUUGGUGGGAAACAAGUGGUGGUGUGUGGCUAUGGUGAGGUGGGGAAGGGCUGCUGUGCUGCUCUCAAGGCCCUCGGAGCAGUUGUCUACAUCACAGAAAUCGACCCCAUCUGUGCUCUGCAGGCCUGCAUGGAUGGGUUCAGGGUGGUAAAGCUAAAUGAAGUCAUUCGGCAAGUUGAUGUCGUAAUAACUUGCACAGGAAAUAAAAAUGUAGUGACGCGGGAACACUUGGACCGCAUGAAAAACAGUUGUAUUGUUUGCAACAUGGGCCACUCCAACACGGAAAUUGAUGUGACCAGCCUCCGCACCCCGGAGCUGACGUGGGAGCGAGUCCGUUCUCAGGUGGACCAUGUCAUCUGGCCAGACGGCAAGCGUGUCGUCCUGCUAGCAGAGGGGCGCCUGCUCAACCUGAGCUGCUCCACCGUCCCCACCUUCGUCUUGUCCAUCACAGCCACCACACAGGCUUUGGCACUGAUAGAGCUCUAUAAUGCGCCCGAGGGACGAUACAAACAAGAUGUGUACUUGCUUCCUAAGAAAAUGGAUGAGUACGUUGCCAGCUUGCACCUGCCGUCAUUUGACGCCCACCUGACAGAGCUGACAGAUGACCAAGCAAAAUAUCUGGGACUCAACAAAAAUGGGCCAUUCAAACCCAAUUAUUACAGAUACUAACGGACCACAUUAGCAAGGACCAGUCCACAUGAACCAUGCAACUCUAAAAGAAAUAUUUUUUAAGAUAACUUUUAUUUUCUUCUUAUUCCUUUCUUCUUGAUUUGUUUUCCUGUAAUUUCAUUCAUGUUUUGUUUUUCAUCUCAUUGUCCAAGUUCUGCAGGCCACACAGGAACUUGCUUCAUGGCUCUCUAGAUGAAACUGAGAUUCAAGGUUCCUCACCCUAGUCACUAAAGAAGGAUUUACUCUCCCAGCCCAGAAAGGUGAUUUCUUUCUAUACUAUUUCUGGGGACGUUAGUCUUAAUUAGGUACCUUAUUAACAAGAAAUGCUAAGGUACCUUCUAUGUGGAACAAUCUGCAAUGUCUAAAUUGCCUUAAAGAGCCCAUUUCUUAGCUGCUGAGAUCGUGCUCUUUCACUUCUUCAGAGGAGCAGGGAUGGUACCUACCAGCCAGGUAGGUUAGAUGUAGGCGGUGCAUGUUAAUUUCCCCUAGAUGCCCACAGCCCAAGCCCUGUUUGCUAUGUAAAGGUGGUAUAUCUGGUUCUAAGAUGUGUACGCGUGAGUUGUGCUUGUUAAGAUCCAAUAGGCCCACUUGGAUUUAGUACAGCCCCCUUCCUCUACUCCCACAAGAUCGUCUCGUUUUCCAGGAUUUUAACCAAAUUGCAUUCUAUUAAACUGAAUUUUGUUCCCAGCAUUUAUUUCUGUUGUACAAAAAGAUAUUUAAGAAACAUUUCUAGUGUAACACUGGGGAAGUGCUCGGGUGGUUAGUUGUUCUCAGUUUCACUUUUGAACCUUUGGAGCUAAGAGCGCAGAGCUGAGGCUAGAGAAGUGCUUGUCUCAGACUCUGAUAAAUCCCUCUGUUUCUAGACCAUCGUUUAUUGCAUCAAUGAACUGGGGCCAUAAAAUCAAGUUCUAUCAGCUCUGCCCCAUACAGCUUUUGCUGAAGGCAAAUUUCUUGAGCCAUUACUCAGUAAAAUGCACUGAGCUCUAUCUUUAGGAUUUAUCCUUUAAGAGCAAAUUUCUGGUCAGCUGUGCUUUUGCAACCUAAAAUAUUUAAAGGGAGGUAGAAGUGGAUGGGAGGAAGAAGGCUAUAUUGGGCCAGGGUGGGGGAAAUCUGGUUCCAUCUGACUUGUUUAGGACAGUAGUUUCACAGAAGUGGUGCCGUUUUUGACUGGCACAUAGCACACAAAGCUUGAAAUAAGAUCUUAAAGGGUAGUUGGUGCAUAGAGAAAGUCAUCCACAUGCCCUGGCUCGUGCUCUGAAUGAACCCCGAAAGGCUCUCAGAGAUCAGAGAGCUGUAUUCCCACGCCAUGCACCCUGCUCACCAGCAUUUCUGCAUGGUCAGAUGAGCUGUGUGCUCACGAGCUUUAAGUAUAUAAUUAUCCAGGAUUCCAAGUCCUCAACUUGUUCUAGCUUGCCCUUCAAAGUUGAGCCAGGCAUUAAUGCUAGGUACUAGAGGUUCUCGUUUCUUUAUUGCUAUUGGUCAGAGAGACAGAUGUUAAAAACAGGAAUACAAAAAAGGAAGACUUUCACCCUGAAGCUUCCUAGCAGGGGAUAAUGUUCUUGCCAAAACAUUUUUCCCAUUCCUCUCCUGUCUCUUCCCACCUAGCCCUUCCCACCCCUUGCCAGUGUGACCAUGCUUUCUUCUCUGUAGAUGCUAAUGGUUCAAGCCCUUUCUCCCAGGGCAUUUAACCAGCCAAUCAGAAACCACAUCCUUUAGGUGAGGUAACCUGACCAACAGUGGUGCCUCAGUCAGCUCUGCUGGGGGGAAGGGACCCAGGUUCUGCUGCCCUUUGGCCCGCCCCCUGCUCCCAUAUCUGUUGCUGUGUCCAUAGGAAUAAUAGGUAAGGGCUCCGUCUCUGUCAAGCCAUGUAACAAAGGACACUGUGGGGAAAUGUCUGGCAUCAGAGGGAGCAUAUUGAGAGCAACGUGGAGGAACAAGUUUAUUUUGUAUUGAGUGAUUUUUAAUGAAUGCAAUAUUAAUCCUUGCAGAUGAGCAAUAAUCAUUAAAGUCAAUUAAAAUGAUAAGACCUA